GAGGUCAAGGAGUAUCGACGCAUCGACAUAUUGACACCGCGCUAUGGCUGAGGACUUGGCAAGCGCUACUCAUGUUGUGGAAGCGUUUCGGGAGUUCCUCCGCAUUCGCUCGGUCAGCGCAGAGGGCCCGCAAGGAGCCUACGCGGAGGCGGCGAAUUGGGUCUCGGACUACGCUCGCGACCAAGCCGGGUUGACGUCCAUCAAGACCGUCGAGUACUCGGCGGGGAAGCCGGUGGUGCUGAUGGAGUGGCCGGGCUCGGAGCCAGACCUGCCCUGCGUGCUGCUCAACUCCCACUACGACGUCGUGCCUGCGAUGCCCGAGCACUGGGACACGGACCCCUUCGCGGCGGUGAAGGACGAGGCCUGCGGUCGUAUUUACGGCCGCGGCACGCAAGACAUGAAGUGCGUGUGCGUGCAGUACCUCGUGGCGAUCGCCCGGCUGCGCCGCUCCGGUUUCCAACCGAUCAGGACGGUGCACCUGAGCUUCGUGCCCGAUGAGGAGAUCGGGGGCGCGGACGGCAUCAGCCUCCUGCUGGCCUCCGAGGAGUGGAAGGCCCUCGGGCCCGUGGGGAUCGCGCUCGACGAAGGGCUGGCCAACCCCAGGAACGCCUUCACCGUGUUCUACGGGGAAAGGACGCCCUGGUGGCUGCUCGUAAAGGCGGAGGGGCCGACAGGCCACGGCAGCCGGUUCAUAAAGGACACCGCGGUGCAGAAGCUCAUGGCCGUCUGCGACAAGGCGCUGGCGUUCCGGAAGGAGCAGGAGGACGCGCUCGGGCACAGCGGCGGCUGCAGCCACGCUCGCGCCAAGAAGCUCGGCGACGUCACGACGCUCAACCUCACCAUGCUCAAGGCCGGGGUCGCCAUGGCCGGAGGCGGCGACGGCGGCGGGGCGGAGGCGGCGACCAAGCACGAGAGGUACGCUCUGAACGUUAUCCCCACCGAGGCUCGGGCCGGCUUCGACGUGAGGAUCGACCCCAACACCCCGACGGAGGACUUCAAGGCCCGCCUGGCCGGCUGGUGCAAGGAGGAAGGCGUGACGUGGGAGCUGGCCGACUGGACCACGCCGCUGCACGAGCACUACCUGACCUCGGUGGACCGGGAGGUUAAUCCGUGGUGGGGGGUGUUCUUGGACACCAUGAAAGACGUGGGCGUCGAAAUAGAACCAGAGAUAUUCCCGGCGAGCACGGACAGCCGGUACCUACGAGAGCUGGGCAUCCCGGCCCUGGGUUUCUCCCCGAUGAGAAAUACGCCCAUACUGCUGCACGAUCACAACGAGUACAUUGCCCAAGACGUCUUCAUGGACGGAGUUGAGGUGUACGAGCGCCUCAUUGCCGCGCUAGCGUCUGCGGAACGACUACCCACCGAGGGAAAACCGUGAGAUGCUUGGUGGAGCCUUGGUUCAACAACCUGUGUGCCCGCGGUCGUGAGCACUCACGGCCGUCUCGGGCGAGUUCCCUGACGGUUUCCACUUCCGGACGGCGCGGUUGGUGUGCAUGUUGACGUGACAGCAACACCCAAAGCUAAGAGCACGUACAUGCUGCCCUGUUUUGCCGGCCGUUUCUGCACAGUUACUUGCUGUUCGUGAACGGUGGCUAUAUGGUGUUGGUUUCCGACGCAGCUUGGGGGACGACGAGUAACACUGGGUCGAAAAUUCUGCGCGGGUUCACGAGUGGACGCCGGGAGCUUGGUUUACUAGUAAUGUGCGCUUCCCGUUUUCCCCAAAGCCCCGCCCAGAGAGAGACGGGAGGGAGAGCGGGAGAGAAGAAAAACAAUUACGAAGUACACUGACCACGAGUCUAUCAGCGACGUUUAUUAAUAGGUUGACAAUGAACAAAAGAAGUGGGAAUCCCAAUACGAAGGCGGGGUGUGAACAUGGUUGAUCAGAAAAGGCGGCUGAUGAUACUGGAGCACACCAGUCGAAGACACCAUUUGGCGGUUGGUCUUGUAUUGAGGAAACUUCUCUUGACACGCCGGCUACCCGUAGCACGUGUUGACAUGGGUGCUGUUUUGACCGACGAGUUUUCGCACCAAUCCAAGGUGGGAGUAGCACGAAACAGAAACAAGACCAAGAGAGCUUGCUAGUGCCCUCACACAACAUUCGCAGCGAUUUGUCCUGCUCGUGCUCGCAGUACGUUCUGCAGUUGUCGUGAAGAUUUGACAUUUGUAUGAUCGCGUGUUUGCUAUUUUUGUGUUUUGCUUCUUGAACGUGUCAAAUCCAUCCCCGUCCAUGGAUCACAUAUGGUAUCAUGCACGUUCGGCGGCGAUUUAACGUUGCGCUCAUGUGCCGCCCGACCGAGCUCCUGCCUCCCCGCCCCCUCUCUGCCGUGGGCUUAAAGUUUGAAGUCGAGAGGUACAGAAAAAAUGUCGCGUCUGCAAU